UGCCACCUGUCAAAGUCCAUCAGUGCCAGCUGUCAGUGUCGAUCAGUGCUACGUUCCAGUGCCUAUCAGUGCCACAUCAAUGUCACAUAUCAGUGCAUACCAGUGCACAUCAAUGCCACAUAUCAGUGCCCAUCUGAGCUGCCUUUCAGUGUCAUCCAUCAGUGCCAGUCAGUGCCACCUAUCAAUGCCAGCCAUCAGUGCCGCCUAUCAGUGCCAGUCAGUGCCGCCUAUCAGUGUGCAUCAGUGCCACCUAUCAGUGCCAGUCAGUGCCGUCUAACAGUGCCAGUCAGUGCCGCCUAACAGUGCCAGUCAGUGCCGCCUUA